GGGAUUUUGGUUUCAGUGAAAGAGGGACCUGAUGGUUUCUUGAAAGAAUGGUGGCAUGUUUUUUGGGACAAGUAUUCUUCAGGAAUGCCUAAGCAUCUUGAGGCCAUGGAAGGAUCUUCUGUUCAGGCUACUCAAAUAAUGGGGAAUGAGCAGCUCAACCACUUUCCUGCAGUUCCAAACCCGGGUAUGAAUCAGCAAGGAGGAAUGCAAUUUCAGGGUGAUUCGGGUUUGGACAAGAUGCUGCGGGGGCAAUCCGAAGCAAGUUUGUUUGCUGCAACAAUGUACGAGGGAGAGCAUGGUGGGCUUCCUGCUGGAGAGUUAAACUCCAAUCAACAACUUGUUGGUGUCGAUAAUCUGGUUCACUCAGACCCGUCUUCGAGCAAUGCUAGCAACUUUCAGCUGCAAACUCAUGCGGGGGAUGAACAAUGGACUCCAGGGGACAACUAUGGCGCUCAUAAUGGGGGACCUAGCCACGUCGGCUCACCUGUCAAUGGAGCACCAGAAGCCAAUAUACCCAGAGCUGGACCUCCUGAUGCGGGGGCCAUAAACAGUGCCAAUUCGGUGCCAUUGAAUGGAUGGCCUUUGACUGGAAUUGGCCGAAUUCCUUCUGGAAUGGAAUACCCAGUACUAAAUUCCUUUGUACCAGUGACAAACCGACAGUCACAGUUUCAGACACUGAUUCCUCAUCAUCAACAUGAUAUUUCAUCUCAAGCAAUGGAAAACAAAAACGCAAAGAGAAUAUCAUCUUUUCAAGGAAUCACUAAUAGUUUUGGUAAUCAGAUGUUUCCUAGGAAUGGCCUCGGUGGGACAGAUGGUCAGAUGAUAAUGAGACAAACGGCAGAGCAACAAAUGAGGGUGCCUAAUAGACCUACUCUAGAACAAAAAGUGAGAAUCCCUUAUCCUAUGAAACAAGCAGUAGAGCAGAAAAUGACAGGCACUGUGGGAGUAAGUUCAGAGCACAAACAAAAGAAUCGGCAGUCGCGGCAGAAAUUACGCGAGAAGAGAAGAAAGAGGAAGGAUUUGUUGAAGAAAGACAAGUUCUCGAAUGGUACAAAGGUCGAGGUGAAGAAAUCAUCGGAUGACAAUACCGAGUCUCUUUUUUCCCCUGAUAAUGAGAAUGCUGAUAUUGUGAGCACUUCUUUCAGCAACUUGGAAACACAUGCAACAGCUUGCAGCUUGACCGAACAGAACAGAUUCUUUUUCGAAGAAGUUGCUUCCCUCGACGCCAGCAAAGGCAAAGUCCUCUGCUGUCAUUUUUCAUCAGAUGGAAAACUGUUGGCAAGUGCUGGUGAUGACAAGAAGGUCUUACUUUGGGACAUGAGUAUAUAUAAUUGGGUUGAAUCUGCAGAAGGGCAUUUGGAUAUCAUCACAGACGUUCGGUUUAAACCAAGUUCACACGUGUUUGCCACGUCGUCCUUUGAUAGAACUGUGCAAAUCUGGGAUCCAAACAACCCAAGCAAACCCUUGUGCAAGCUUCUCGGGCAUUCUGGGCCAGUGAAUUCAUUAGAUUUCCACGCAGAUGCAGAUCUCCUCUGUUCCUGUGACAGUAAUGAUGAGAUCAAGCUAUGGAGCAUUGACCAAUUUGCUUGCAAACACACCUUUAAGGGAGCUACUAGACAAGUUAGAUUCCAGCCUCGAUGUGGGACACUUUUGGCUGCUGCUUCAGGAAAUGGAAUAAACUUAUUUGAUGUCGAGACUAACACCCUCCAAUAUUCUUUAGAGGGACAUGUCAAAGAAGUAAAGUCAAUCUGCUGGGAUACAAGUGGGAAGUACAUGGCAUCGGUCAGUGAAGAAAGUGCACGGGUGUGGUCUAUUGUAUAUGGCGGAAAAUGCGUACAAGAAUUGCAGUCUAAUGGCAAUAAGUUCGAAUCAUGCAUAUUCCAUCCUGGAUACUCUAACGUCUUGGUUAUUGGUUCUAACCAGUCGCUUGAAUUAUGGAAUUCAAUUGAGAGCAACAAGACUUUGACAGUCCCUGCACACAACGGUAUAGUUUCUGUAUUGGCUGAUUGUACUGAAACUGAAAUGAUUGCUUCGGCUAGUCACGAGGGCAUAAAAUUAUGGAAAUGACAUUAGUUGCUCUCUCCAGUACAUGGGUAUCAUUCAGCAUUCCAUAUAUUUUCGGAUACGAUACUGAAAAUGGUGAGGCUGCUGGAAGUUGCGUCAACGGGAAUAAAGCCAUAGCCGAACAGUUACUUUUUGUGAUAGGUUAUACAAGAAUCUGCGUCGCACUAAGUUUGAAUCUACAUAAUGCUUAUGGAUAUCAGGAUUUGCUAUAUAGAAUCUUCAAAAUCGGUGUCAAUAAAAGGAAAUCGAUUGUUUCAGAAGAACAAAUUAAGUGUGGGGUGAUUGAAUGGAUCAGUGGCUUAAGAAGUGGAAUUUGUUUUAG